AUGUCGGACUUCCAAGAAGACCCUCCCCUCCCACAACUGUCCGCAAUCUUCCCGCAUCUUGAGCAGGAGCCCACCACCCUGCCAGAUGGUCUCGACCCUUUCACCAUUACAACAAAGACCGGCUUCUUGCCUUCACGUGCCCCGCUGGUCGACCUCCCCGCCGAAUUCAAUGCAUUGUCGAGCAUCAUCAACGACAUGCCCGUCACCAAAUUGGACGGCACACCAGGCCUCCUGGCCGAAUACAAGCUCUGCUCUCUCAUCGACAGCGGCGCCCUCCCAGACCUAACCUUGCACGUCCGCUCCCUCUGCAAUGCACCCAACCCCAACAUGGAACUCAUCACCGCCCUCUUCCGAGACUACUCCUUCCUCGCAUCCUCCUACCUCCUCGAACCCUGCUGGCAAACCUGGAACAAAGACCCCUCCAACGGCUACGGUCUCGGCCGCGAAAUCCUUCCACGCUGCAUCGCUGGCCCACUCAUGCGCACAGCCGAGCUACUCGACAUCCCCGCCUUCAUGAGCUACGCGGCCAGCUACGCCCUCUACAACUACCGUCUUGUCGACCCCAAAAUCGGCCCCUCAGAGUACUCCAACCUCCGCCUCAUCCGCGCCUUCGAAUAUGGCCUCGACCCAAAAUCAUCCGAAGCCGGCUUCAUCCUAACGCACAUCAACAUGGUCCAAGAGACCGGCCCACUCGUCUCCGGCGCCGCGAGCCUCCUCAACGCAGUCGAAACAUCCAGCCCCACCGCCGCCAAAUCCGCCUUCCAAACCAUGCUGACAGCCAUGGCCAAGAUCGAAGCCGCAAUGGAGAACAUGUGGUCCCACUCCCUACCAAAGGACUACAUCAGCUACCGCACCUUCAUCUUCGGUAUCACCUCACAGUCCAUGUUUCCCAACGGGGUGGUUUACGAAGGCGAGAACGACGGCAAGCCGCUGUAUUUUCGUGGGGAAAGUGGCGCGAAUGAUAGCAUCAUCCCGCUACUGGAUUACCUGUGUGAAAUUCCUAUGCCGAAGAACCCGCUCACAGAUAUCUUGGUUGAUUUCCGCCGCUAUCGCCCGAAACCGCAUCGGCAGUUUCUCGGGUGGGUCAUGUCUAAAGCUGCGGAAGUGCGUGUGCGCGAGUUUUGUAUCAAAGAUCUGGAGGUCGCGCAGCUGUACCUCAAGCUGCUGGACCAUGUGAGGAGUUUUCGGUGGCGGCACUGGCUGUUUGCGCGGGAGUAUAUAAUUAAGAGGACAGCGCAUCCAACGGCGACGGGCGGGAGUCCGAUUGUGACGUGGUUGCCGAAUCAGUUGAUGGCGGUGAUGAAGCUGCAGGAGGAGGUGUAUCAUAAAAGUGGGCUGAAGCAGAAGGUGGAAGCUGGAGGCGGCAAUGGGUUGGAUUUUGUGAAGAAGCUGAUGGACAAUGUCAAGGACAGCAUAUCAAGCUGGACAAGGAGGUGA